GAUCUUUCCAUAGCGCCUUGACAGGCUUGGAUGUAAGCUAGGCAAGAAAUAUUCAAUCCGGUAUUCAACCGUGCGAGCGGUAACUGUUGCGCGGUAACCUUGGUGCCCGUUUAAUCUUGAACUAUGGCUAGCCUGGCCACCAACCGCAAUGGCAUACUCUUUAACUCGAGUAAGCCGCGAAUGGUAUUGCGCACGGGAGCGCGGACAGGCCGGUUCAAGGCACCAGUCGUCGCUGCCCAUGCCGCGAGCGAGGUUGUGGAGGUUGCAACCGCCCUGACCAAAGUUGACGCUACGACUUUGCUGCCAAGUCUAUCAAUUCGGGAUGCGUCCGAGUUUAUUUUGGAGCACCCUGUGGCAUCCUUUUCCGUUUCGGUCUUGGCCCUGUUCUUGGUGCCCAAGCUUGUCGAGGCCUUCUUGCGCUACCUGGCGGCGCCCAUCCUCAUCGCACUGGUAGCCUUCUACUCCCUGGAGAACCCCCAGGAGUCGGCGACGUUCGUGACCACCGUGCUGGGUUGGGUCAACGCCAACCCCGAGCUCACCUCCGUCAUAGUGAUCGGGCUGGCGUUGUUCGGCCUGGCGCCGGCGCUGCUGGCGGGCUUCGGGGCCACGGCGCUCAUCUACGCGCUGCUGUCGGUGUCCUUCGGGACGCGGCUGCCGGAGGUUCGUGAAAUGCAGGGCACGUUUGGAGAGACGGUUUCGCGGGCGCAGGUGGUCAGCACCAUUGCGACCAAGCGUGUGGAGCAGCUGCUGAAGUAGGUGCAGUGCGGACGGAUGCGGGGUGGUAUGAACAAGGAACAAAGUCACGAAUAUGUGGGUGUGGCGAAUGUGGGGUGCUGCUACCAGUAUCGUGUGAUGGGGCACCAAGUCCAAGGAAUCUUGAAAUCUGGCUGGAAGGGAAAGGUGCCGCUCGUUUGCCUUGUGUGAUGGCGUGGUGUAAUGUACCAGUAAUUAUGUAGGAAACGGGUCUUCAUGUAUGUUUGACGUAGUGGUGUACAAACAUCCCGCAUUGUGCCGGCUCGUUUUCCCGUGCCGCUUUUGCCUCCAUAACCUAUGUGGUAGAUGGUCUUGCCGGGCAGUACCGAAACUUGCCUUUCUUCGUGUUGCAGUAUGGGGCAAUGACGCUUGGUUACUUGCGCGGCAAGCUUACCGGGCGCAUGCAUUGGCCUCUCUGGCUAUGGCUUGGGGGAGAUACCUUCCAGGUUGAUGGGCUUUGGGUUGAGGCCAUGUUGUGGUUGCCGUGGGUUACCGGUAUAUAACUGUGCAGUACAGACAGAUUCUUGCUCACCUCGUCGCUGCUCAAGGGACCACCAAUUCAAUAAGUUGGUUGGGGAGCAUAGACCCCAAACUUAGAAGUUGGUGUUGCUGCUGUGGAUCAAUCGUCCUUGGUUACCGUAGUUUACCUUGGCAGGAUUAUGAUUGGCGCUGGGCUGCGCCUUCUUGGAUAAGCCCGAACGUUGUUGGAUAAAGGCGUGUAUGCAGUCUGUAUGUGCUGAUGGGAGGCGGGGCGCUAGAUGACCUGACAUGCGGUCCCUGGUACUUGCGGUCGUCUGGUUACGUAAGAAGGCGACAUACUAUAGGGCAUGCCAUUGAACUGUUAUACUGAAUUUGGUUUGGACGUCCGAACUUGCUCGCUCUGUCUCGGCUGUGGCACAAACCUUGCUGGGACGUGCAUCUGGGACAGUCGUCAUUCCAGCAAUGUGGCCCUAUAUGAACGUGGUGGACGUCCGAUAAAUAACAUGCGCCGUAUCAGCAUACCGAGCGCUAAU